UGCAGGACCCAUUCUUUCCACAUCUGUGCCGCCAGCUAGCCUGUCUGUCGACUCCGUCUAGUUGCAGAGAAAUCGUGUUUUUGUUCGCGGUUACCAGCGGAUUUAUCAGUGGAGAGUUCAUUUAAGAUUUCCUCUUGAAUCUCCACGCAAUCAGUAGGAUGGAUCACAGUCACCACGGACACCACGGUCAUCACGGACCACCUCCGGUUUCUUCAACCGUGGAAUCCCUAUUAGGCGCUGCGGAAGACACAACCGGGAUGCCUCCUAUGGACGCAUGCAGCCAUAUGAACAUGGGCCACCACAUGAUGUCGAUGUCUUUCCACUUUGGCUACUGCGAGGUCGUGCUCUUUGAUUUCUGGAAGGUGCAAUGUGUCAGUUCCCUCAUCGGCUCAAUGAUUGGCAUCAUGAUUAUUGCUGCUCUCUACGAAGGACUGAAAUACUACAGGGAGUACCUUUUCUGGCAAUCAAACAACUCAAUCCAGUACAGAUCAGUGACCCCACCUGAAAAAGCUGGCAGCGCUGAAGAAGCAAGAGUUGUUCAUAUGGUGCCCGAAAUCAUUCAUCGGCAACCGAAAAUUAAAUUACUCCGCAGUAAUGGGAUUAGAAAUUUUGAUCUGAUUAAAGGACCAACAAUGCUGAGCGGCAUUCAUGCCCUCCAGACUGCUCUGCACGUGCUUCAGCUAGUGAUAAGCUACCUAUUGAUGCUUAUUUUCAUGACCUUCAACGUAUGGCUCUGUUUGGCGGUCAUUGUUGGUGCUACUAUUGGUUAUUUUUUGUUCGGAUGGAAAAAAUCCGUAAUCGUGGACGUAACCGAACAUUGUCAUUAAAAGGUGUAAAAAUUCUGUAAAUUAUGUCGGAAAUGUGCAUACAUAUUAAUCUGCUAUAGUGACAACGCAGUUUGUCUAAUGUUAUGAUUUUUCACAUUUACUGGUUAAAUGACACCUCAUUUAAGUUUUAAAUUGUUAAUGAGUAUUUUAUUUUUGUUUGUCUGACCAAAAUGUAACAUGUCGGUAGUAGGAUGAUUUUUGAUCAAAGACUUGACUUUGUUGCAGUUUAUUGUAAUCAAAGAGCGUUCUUGUUUUAAUUGAAAAUAUUUUUUUGAAAUAAUAUCACAUCAGCACAAAGA